AUGCCGCCUCUCUUCCCCUACCAAGCCAUCAUGCUCCGACCACAGAUCGAUCGAACCGGAGACUACAUACCACUGUCAACCUCUCCGCCAGCCAAUGAGAUACUAGAUAGUCUUCUCACGGGAUAUCUUUGGGGCUGUCUCCUUGUGGCUUUGUUUCUCGUCGUAUACUUCGCCAUCAGCUUCUGUGUCUGGGCGAUUGGGGCGGCGCUGACUACUAUCGAUACGGUAAUUGACUGCCUUCGACCGCGCGAUGAUCACUUGGGCGCCCAUACGGAUGCUGUAUUGAUGGCAUCCCCCUUGUCCAAGACGUACGAGACUGCAUAUCCGGAACGUAUGUUCUCAUUGAGCGAGGACGAUAUGCAGAUGUGGCCAUGUGGCAAGACUGAUAAGGGCCUGGAGCAUGCCAUCUCUCGCACACAGAGAGACAUGGUGCUAGAAGAGAAGGGGGCAGAUGAAUCUCUGGAACUUCGCAUUGUCGGCAAUUCCAUCGAUCAUCCUAUUUAUCACACAUCUUCUAGCGAUGCUAUUAUCGUGGACACUAUCCCUAAUACCUCUAACGCCUUUCCUGGUCUCGAUCGCCUCGUUGCUUCUAUACAACUCUGA